UGAACCCAGACGGAGCAUCGGCUGGAGAGAAGGAGACAUGUAGGGAUGACGAGGAGAGAGAUGAAUAAGUGUGCCCCUUGUGUGUUAAUCGUUCUUCUCAUCCCUGUCUCCAGGCAGGUGUUGGACCAGGAUAAUUUUAGUCCCAUCCCCGUGGCAACAGAGGAGGAAUACAGACAGUUCACUUCCCAGUUCCCCUUCCAAGAUCCUGAACUGGACAAGCUUCCGUUCCCUAAGAAGCUUCCGUUCUCUGAGUUUGUUCCUCAAGUCUACUUUCAGCUCAGAGAGUUCAUCGACGCCUGCCUCAAGUACUAUGAAGAUCUGCACCUCAGCUCUACAGAGAUCGAUGAUGUGAUCCGUAAGUCCACCAACCUGCUGUUAACCAGAACGCUCAGUAACUGUCUGCAGUACGCAAUGAAGAAGAAGAACGUGGGACUGGCUGAGCUGGUUCAGGUGAUCAUCAACACGACCCAGCUGGAAGCAUCAUGUGUUUACCUGGAGGAGUUCAUCUCCAACAUCACUAAUGUUCCCCCCGAUACCGCCAACGCCACCAAGCUCUAUGGCACGUCCACGUUUAAGGUAUGCUCAUGCACAAGCAGACUCUCUCUCCCCAUCCUUCUCUCCAUCCACCACUUGUCUUUUCUUAAAGCAGACUCUCUCUCCCCAUCCUUCUCUCCAUCCACCACUUGUCUUUUCUACAAGCAGGACUUCCCACUUCUCUCAUCCACCCACCUCUCUCUCUAA